AAUCUUUAAAGUUUUUGCGCAAUGGUCUGAUGAUGUGAUGACGAGAAAGAUGUUUUAACUUACAAACUUUAUAUUAAACUUAGAGAUUAAAUUAGAACUCCUUUAAAAUGCAGUUAGCAGACGUGAAAUUAUCGAGCUUGUUUUUGCUGUGUCUCCAGAGGCUGGCGCGACUGCUGGACUCGCACGCCGCCGCGGUGACGCGCCUGCCGCCCUCGCUGAAGGACGCCCUCCGCGCGGUGGCCACGGCGUCGGGGCGGCUCCGUGCGUCGAGCCUGCCGUGUCUGCUGCACGGCCAGGUGCGCGAGCUGGAGCUGGGCCGGUGCGACCUGGACCGCGCCUGCCUCGAGGUCCUGCAGACCUGCAGCGGCCUGACCAAGCUGGACCUGAGCUGUUUCGCGGGCGUCGCGAGGAGCUUCGACUGCUCGGCACUGGCGUCGCUGUUCCCGUGCCUGCCGCUGCUCACGACCUUGAACCUCAACUACGUGGUCAGCGCGGAUGACGGGGUGACGGAGGCAGUGACGAGGCACUGCCCGCGCAUCACGACCCUCUACCUGCAGGGCUGUGCGGCCAUCACAGACGUCUCGCUGCACUGGAUGCCGGCCCUGAGACACCUCCAGGUCCUCAACAUAUCGCACACCAAGGUCACGGACGCCGGGAUGGUGCACUUGCUAAACGCGUGCGGGAAACAGCUCCACAAGUUGUUCAUUGCGAACUGCGCUAACCUGACGCGGGUCACGUUUGUCGCCGUUGUGCGCAACUGGGUCUGCUUGGAACGGCUAGUGUGUGACGGAUGCCCAUUCGAAGAUCGCCAGCUGCACCGCGAGAUAGAGCUGCGCGAGCGCGAGGCCAAGAGGCACAACUCGAGGGCAGCUUCCUGCCCCGCGCGCGCCACGAGUGAACACAGUGAGGCAGAGGAGACGAACUAGCGCCGACGUGGGCAUGGCCCUCCAACCGACGGCCCUGUGACGAGCCAGCCCCGGCCGAUGACUGCCGCUACUCACCCUGCACGGAGUCUGCGUACUGCAGGUCGUCGGGGUACGCCUUCACGAGCCGCUUGAUGACGUCUAUCUGCUCCAGCGUCUGCUCCACGGCGUCCUUGUACUGGCUGCUGCAGCUCACGUAGGCGACCCAGAACUGCACCCAGAGGCCCCUUACUUCCCCUCUCGCUUAGUAGGGGCUGGGAAUAAUUACCAUCUAUGAUUUUAUAAAUUAACAGCAUUAUUGUGAAAUUAUCAUUCCUAUGCAACUUACUUUUAUUAAUAUUUACUUUCUAGAUGUAAUCUAGCAGCAAUGGUGCCACUUGAGUGCAGAUCUACGAACCUUGCCACUGCACUGCCGUGUUCUAAGUUCCAUCUGUCACUGACAGUGCUGUUAGUCACACGAGCAUUUUCCUUCCAUGUUCUUAGUUUGCACUGUGACUGACAGUGCUGUUAUGCUGACGAGCACUUUCCUUGCCAUGUCCUUAGCUUACUUUGUGAGUGACAGGGCUGUUAUGCUGACGAGCACUUUCCUUGCCAUGUCCUUAGCUUACUUUGUGAGUGACAGGGCUGUUAUGCUGACGAGCACUUUCCUUGCCAUGUCCUUAGCUUACUUUGUGAGUGACAGUGCUGUUAUGCUGACGAGCACUUUCCUUGCCAUGUCCUUAGCUUACUUUGUGAGUGACAGGGCUGUUAUGCUGACGAGCACUUUCCUUGCCAUGUUCUUGCUUACUUUGUGAGUGACAGGGCUGUUAUGCUGAAGAGCACUUUCCUUGCCAUGUCCUUAGCUUACUUUGUGAGUGACAGGGCUGUUAUGCUGACGAGCACUUUCCUUGCCAUGUUCUUGCUUACUUUGUGAGUGACAGGGCUGUUAUGCUGACGAGCACUUUCCUUGCCAUGUUCUUAGCUUACUUUGUGAGUGACAGGGCUGUUAUGCUGACGCACUUUCCUUUUCUAUGUUCUUAGCUAACUUUGUGAGUGACAGGGCUGUUAUGCUGACGAGCAUUUCCCUUGCCAUGUUCUUAGCUUACUUUGUGAGUGACAGGGCUGUUAUGCUGACGAGCACUUUCCUUGCCAUGUUCUUAGCUUACUUUGUGAGUGACAGGGCUGUUAUGCUGACGAGCACUUUCCUUGCCAUGUCCUUAGCUUACUUUGUGAGUGACAGGGCUGUUAUGCUGACGAGCACUUUCCUUGCCAUGUCCUUAGCUUACUUUGUGAGUGACAGUGCUGUUAUGCUGACGAGCACUUUCCUUGCCGUGUCCUUAGCUUACUUUGUGACUGACAGUGCUGUUACGCUCACAAGAAUUUUCCUUGCCGUGUUCAACUCAAUGUUUGUUUCUAUUACUAAAGUAAGUGUUGUUUCCUGAUUAACUGUAAGACAAGGCAGUCGGUGCCUUAAUUUGGCCACUUGUAAAAAUAAAGAAAAGUAAUAUUG